UUUGGAACUGUCAUAGAGCUGUGCGAUCCGAUCAAUUGAUUAUUUUUGUGAAUAAUUCUUCCUCGAUUUCCAGUUAGUUCAGUUUUUAUUUUCAAUGUGAAUACUUUAUACUUGUGAGGUGUACAUUUACUGUUAUUUCAGUAAAGCUAAAAUAGAAUUCUGAUAAAAAAGAAUCUAGAUCCCGUUACAUAUACUGUCUUCACUUGCCACGUUCUGUUAAACAAAUCCUUGUGAAGUAGAAAAUGUUAUUUUUAUCUUAAUUAGAUCAAUAAAAUAAUAAAAGAAACAACAUGUCGAGUAUGUCAGAUCGGAAAGCUGAGCUGGAGCGCAAGAAAGCAAAGCUCCAGGCUCUCCGGGAGGAGAAGGAUCGCCGGCGACGCGAGAAGGAACAGAAAGAUGCUGAGGAGGCCUUGCAACGGGCGUCAACAGCGUCCUCAAUCGACAGCCGGCGGGACCUCGACGAGAUGCUCUCGUCCCUGGGAGUGGCCCCGGUCAAGGACGUCCUGUCAUCUCUGUCUUCGAUGACGUCACUCACUCCGCCUCAAACCGCCUCGCCCGAUGUCAGUCUCCCGCACACGGAUAAAGUUAGCCUACCAUCCCAAGGUGGCGUCAAGAAACCGACUCAGCUGCAAGUGGUUUCGGUGCAGUCCACCGACAUACCGCCGAAAGAGAACGUGACAUACGCCAAACAAACUCAGACCACCACAUCGGGGGUCACUGAACUGCGAGAUGGAUACAUGGAGGACUGGUGGCGGCCGCGCAAAGCACACGCAACCGAUUACUACGAUGAGUACAAUCUAAACCCGGGUUUAGAGUGGGAGGACGAGUUUACAGUGCUUACAUUCGACGGUGACGCCGCGCGACAAGGUGACGAAGAGGACGCCGCGUUCCAUGGGAAACUUCCCCCGGGAAUUCUGCCGCACGGGCUGCCCACGGUCAAGGAGGUGCAGCCGGCCGUCACAGCAGCGCCUGUGGAGAAGAAGGAGGAAGAGAAGGAGAAGAAAGUACGCGAGCUGAGCGCAGACGAGAAGCAGACCAUCAUGCUGUCUUCGGAGUUCCAAAGGUUCAUGUCCCGGGCGGGGCGAGUCAUCGAGAGGGCAUUAGCCGAGUCUGUGGACAUCUACAAGGAUUAUACGGGCGGAGGGGAUAGUGAGAACGCUGUCGACGACAAAUCCAUCGCGAAGCUCUCCCUCAUGAGGACAUUCUACGACGAGCGCUGGUCACGCGGCCGUUGCGUCACGUGUCUCGACUGGUCUUCGGCCCACCCCGAACUGCUCCUGGCUUCGUACCACAACAGCGACGACGCCCCCCACGACCCAGACGGCGUCUGCCUGGUGUGGAACACCAAGUUCAAGAAGACCACUCCGGAAGACAUCUUCCAUUGUCAGUCGCCGGUCAUGAGCGCUACAUUUGCGAGGUUCCAUCCAAACCUGAUCCUGGGCGGAACGUACUCCGGUCAGAUAGUGCUGUGGGACAACCGCAUUCAGAAGCGCACGCCAGUACAGCGCACCCCCCUCUCAUCUUUGGCUCACACGCAUCCAGUGUACUGCCUAUCGGUGGUAGGCAGCCAGAACGCCCACAACCUGAUCUCCGUAUCCACUGACGGGCGCCUGUGUUCCUGGUCCUUGGACAUGCUGUCUCAGCCCCAGGAGACCCUGGAACUGCAGCAUCGCCAGAGCAAGGCUGUGGCCGUCACCGCUAUGGGCUUCCCCCAUGGAGACGUCAAUAACUUUAUCUUGGGAAGCGAAGACGGGAAUGUUUAUACUGGCUGCCUGUACGGCCAGCGCGCCGGCGUGACCGAAUGCAUCGAGGCCCACGCCGGCCCCGUCACAGGCGUGGCCUGCCACGCGGCCGCCGGAGCCCUGGACCUGGCGCACCUGUACCUCACCUGCUCCGUGGACUGGUCGGUCAAGCUGUGGUCCUCCAAGCAGACCAAGCCGCUGUACUCGUUCGAGGAGAGUUUGGAUUACGUCACGGACGUGAGGUGGUCUCCUGCGCACCCGGCUUUGUUCGCGGCGACCGACGCGGCAGGGAGAUUGCUGCUGUGGGAUCUCAAUACCGAUACAGAGGUGCCGCUGGCCACGGUGCAGCCGGCGGCGGGCGGCGCGCUGAGCCGCGCGUCGUGGGCGCCCGGCGGCGCGCUGCUCACGGCCGGCGACGACGCCGGCAAGAUCUACCUCUACGAGCUGGCCGAUCACGUCGCCCAACCGCGCCACGACGAAUGGACGAAAUUCGUGUACACAUUGCAAGAGCUGAAGAACAACCAGGCCGAUGAAGAAACUGACCGACUGAGCUUGGCUCCGAGCGGACCUCCCAGCCUCACUUCUAUAGCCAGCAACCCGCUGAGAUAACUGGCCUGGGAUGUGCGCUGUGGCUGGGAUCUGUAGUCACACCAAACAGCGGAAAGUUUCUCGGAUACUGUUAUAGUUCUCUGCUUAAUUGAAAUUCUAUAUAACAUCAUAGGAAAUAUCUGAAGGCUUUGACAUCUAGACAAGAUUAUUACCAAUACUGACAGAUGUAUGCAUUUGGUAAAAUAUAAUACAAACAGGGCAGGUCAGGAUGCAGGCAGGCAAUAUAUUGUAAAAAAUCAGCUGAAUAUAUUUAAAGCUAAAAUAGAAAUGCGUAGAACAUAAAUUUUUACGGGAGUGAAUUAUAAAGAAUAGUGUUGCCGAAUUAUCGAUAGUUUUACUAUCCAUAGAUCAUUUUACACACUAGUAAAGAAUGUGUACAUUUGAAGUGAAAAACGAUGAAACAUUAUUUACUAAAUCAUCGCUGAUUUUUGAUUGAGUUGGUGAUCUCUAAAUUGCUAUAAUAAAUAAUAUUUUCAGGAGAUUGCAAGACAUAAAGUAUUCAAAUUAAAACUAUGUUGGUAAGUUUUGCUGUGCUAAAACAUAUAUCACUAUUUUUUUUCUAAGAUGGUUGGUAAAUGUCCUGACCAUUUUUUUUUAUAUUAUCAGUAUAUUGGACCAAUAAGGUCUAGGCAUAAUUUGUAUGUUAUGGAAAGGAAUACAUGGAUUGAGAUUGCAUUGUAAUGUAAAAUGUUUUAUUGAUAACAAUAUAAUAGUAAAAUUACUAUCUGCACAACUUUUUAUGUAGCAUAGAAAAUUGUUGCUGGUAUAAAAAUGUAGUAUGCAUAAAAAUCUAAUAUGAUUACUAAGUAUGUAAUAUAUCCGUUAGUUUACUACAUAUUAUUUAAUAAAUCCUUACUUAAAUAACAUCUUUGUCUUAAGUAUUCAUAUAAAAUAUGAAAGGAAGGAAAAUAAAAAUAACGAGAGGAAUCUUGCACGCAGAUUGAAAUAAUUGAAGUGCCGUAUUGUUUCCGGCGCUUUAAAUUUGGUCACUCCAUAUCUUUUCAUGGAUGGCGUUAAAGCCGACCAAGGGAAAGGCUUAUAAACUUGGGAUUUUUUUUGUUGGCGAUGGUCUAUCAACCUGUCGGUAAUUGAAUCUCAACAUACAUACAUACAUAUAAUCACGUCUAUAUCCCUUGCGGGGUAGACAGAGCUAACAGUCUUGAAAAGACUGAUAGGCCACGUUCACCUAUUUGGCUUUAACAUAGAAUUGAGAUUUAAAUAGCGACAGGUUGCUAGCCCAUCGCCCAAAUGAAGAAUCCCAAGUUUAUAAGCCUACCCCUUAGUCGCCUUUUACGACAUCCAUGGGAGAGAGAUGGAGUGGUCCUAUUCUUUUUUCUAUUCCAUCAUUAAGUCCAACAGCUGAACGUGGCCUGUCAAUCUUUUAAAAGAGAUUGUCGGUUCUGUCUACCCCGCAAUAUAUCCCAUUGCCGGGAACCAGCUGGUACUAGCUAAUAUAAGAAAACAGCAUAAUUGCCUUGUAGACAUUCGUUGAUAGGCCUGUAGAUAGGUGUCGCUUUGCAUCACCCGCGUUUCCUGCAUCACAUUUCCUCCUUAGGGGAAGACUUACCAGGACAAAUGUCAGAAAUAAUGUUGGCUAUUCAUUAUUUUAGAACUUAUUGCAGCUAUUAUAUUUUUGUAUAUUAAAGCCAUAAUUUAUCGUGGCCUCUCAGUCUUUUCAAGACUGUUGGCUCUGUCUACCCCGCAAGGGAUAUAGACGUGAUUAUAUAUGUGUAUAUCAAAUAGAUUGUAUGCAUUAAGGUCAUAGGUUAUGUUUACCACAGAUAGUGGCUAUAAUCGAUCGAUUACAUAAAAGUUAUACAAUUUUCUUCUUUGUAGAAAGGAUGUGAUAUACUGAUGAAAAAUAAGUGAAUGCUGGUUCAACGGAAGGAAUUGUCUAUAAAGAGAUAUUUUGUCGGACGUAUAGGUAAAGUUGUUAAUGUUAAAUUUAGUUUUUCAUAUUUACGCAAUAUUUAUUAAAAAGACAAGUAACAGAGUAUUAACUGAUAGAAUCAUUUGAAUAUCGUUUUCACUGACGGUUUUUAUAGAAAAAAUAUUAUAAAGUUGUUCAGUUUGAGUGAUGUUCAACGAGCGAUGUAACAUUAAAUUUUUAGUUGUACGCUUUAUUGUAAUUCUGCAAUGAAAUAAAGAUGCUUUCAUUGA